AUGGGUCCAAACAGACGUAAAAAUGUUCUUGGAGGACUACCACGAGAAAUAAUUACUCGAAUCCUAUUCCAUCUUGUAAGAGUUGGCGAUCGAGUGCGGUUUGGAAAAACUUCGAGGAUUCUGUACAAACACGCUAUGCCGCUUGUAUAUGAGUCCUGGAGCUUUGACAAGUAUAAGCACUCGGGAUAUUGUCUAUGGAGUUUUCUUCGAACUGCUAUAGAAUUUCCACAGUCUGUUGCUUCAGUGAAAUUAUUAGAUCUCCGUGAAUCUGAGCCACCAGAUGCGAAAGACUGGGAUAGAGACCUUCGGUCCGCCGUUUCAGCUAAACAGUUUGAGGCGUGGAAAAAGAGCCACAAAGAUGAUUUGAAUGUCUUCAAGAAUGGUAGAAUACAGCCCUGGGUCUUGAGGUAUUUAGAUAAUUGGACAAACGGCCUGUCUGAGUAUAGUGUGGUUUUUCGCAUGGGCACAGGUGCAUCACUACUUGAAUCCCAUGGGUUCGAGAAUUUUGCUCUAGCGGUUUUAAAUCUUAUAAUACAGCAUCUCCCCAAUAUCGAAAAACUUCAUAUUUCAUCAAUGAAUCGAGUUUAUGAAUUGGGUGCGCAUCCUGGACCUUCGCUUUCAGCUGAUUAUUUCCAAAACCUUCGAACGGUAUAUAUUUCCAUAGGGUUGUUAACAAUACCAAAUUCAGCAUUACCAGGUUCAUCACCACUUUUGAGGUUUUGGGAUUUGCCAAACAUGAGAUCUGUCUACACAUCACAUCUUAUGAGUAGCAAAGUGGACCAACAGAGGUGGGACAAAAGAAGUCAGGAUGAAUCACCAUUAGAGGCACAACCAGUCAAGUAUUCUUCGAUUACCGAUUUUUCGCUUGAUCGCAGUUACGUAGCAUUCUCUAGGGUUUUUAAACUUGUUUCGACUUUGAAGGAGCUUGUGAGAUUCAGAUGGACAUACGCGUUUCCCUCGAGCGUGUCAAAUGAUGAUAGAACACUGGAUUUGGAGAGCAAAAACAUUCGGAUGAUACUGGACCAACAUAGGGGCAGUUUGAAAGAACUUGAUCUAAGAUUUCGCAAAGGCGAUUCUUUUGGGCCUCUCCCGAAACCGGGCGAGCAGUCAAACGAAAAGGAGAAACCAUUGUUUCUGGGUGACUUGUCAGAUUUCCCAAAAAUGACUUCGCUAACAAUCGAUCCGAUUGUAUUCAGUGGUCGAUCGCCAAGAGAACCAAUUAGACACCAUAUGGAGGAUUUACUUCCACAAUCGUUGACGUAUCUAGGACUAGUAUGUGAACGAGCGCAUACAUCAGAACUGUACCCAGGUGCCUACUCCGUUCGAAAGCAGACUUGGUCAGACGAAGUCACAAGUUUUGCAAACACAUUACCCACAUCAAUGAGAUUUCUUGAAAAAGUAGAAUUGAUUGCGCCUGAUGAUUCGCUCUCUUGGAAUAGUUAUACAUUAGAACGUGAUAAGAUCUUGGAGCCUGUCAAGCGACUCUUUCAGGAGAAAGGAGUCGUCUGUUCAAUUACAAAAACUGUGUCCGAGGAUUAUUUUCCGGAUUUCAGGACUAUUUUUCAAGAUGACUAG